AUGGAUGCUAGUGCCUCACCUACAAAGUCGAAGGAUGGUGGCUACUUCCAAUGCGGUUUCUGCAGGCGCCAUUAUAACCGUCCUGAUCAUCUCAUCCGCCACGUUCGUUCCCACACUCGCGAGAAGCCCUAUGUCUGCGAAGUCUGCGACAAGGGCUUUGCCCGUCCUGACCUCCUAAAACGCCAUGCUACUGGCCACGCCUCGGACCGGGAUCGCAAGCGGAAACGCAAUUGGUCCUCGCCAAUUUCCAAACAAAGCCGUGUAUCUCAGGCUUGCAAAACCUGUGCUUCUUCCAAACUGAAAUGUGACGAGGAGAAGCCUUGCCGCCGCUGCCGUGAACGCAAUCUGCAUUGUGACUGGCAGGAGGUCACCCAAGAUUCCUCCCCAGAGCCAAACUCGGCCCAUUCAGUCGCCUUUGAGUCGAUGCCAACUCCCAUGGAUGAAUUGUCAACAGUUGCCGCUGCAGUCUCAGCCACGACCGCCAUUCUCCCAUUACUCUCCCCGGAAAUGCCAGCGUCCGAGUUGGUCGAAUACACCGACCAGUCCCCGCAGUACCAGCAACCGGCCGUCUCGCCGACCGAUCAGGAGAGUGGAAUUUUCAGCGUCGAUGGCACUUUUUUCCCUAGCUUCAUCCCUGACUCUUUGGUCUCCUCGCUAAACCGCUACAACGAUCCCUUUGAACCAUCCAGUCUGAUCCCCGAGUUCACCCACUAUGGUGCCCUGGAAUACCCGCCCUUCGACUUCAAUCUGACUGAUGGCGACUUUGGCCUCAUUGACAUGUAUAAUUCGGGCAGUAUCUUCCCGAACAUGCACGAAAAUCAUCAACAAGAUUCCUUUGACGCGGACAGUGGGAUCGGCAUUGGCACCGAAGCCUAUAAUCGUUCCUCUCUCUCCGCAUGGAAACCCGGCCAAGGGGACAAGGCUGGUGUCGAUCAUGAGAGUCUAUCGAUUCCGCAGAAUAUCAACAGCCCCGAGGCAAUUGCCACACCAGAUCAGCAGAUUCUGUGUGACCGGCUUUCCUCCAGUAGCCGGGACCUCAUCUUUGGCCUUGUUUUGGAGAUCAGCCGAGAAGCGAACUUGACCCGCAUUAUGAAGUCAUUCCCCAGCACUGAGUUGCUGGAUGGCCUGAUCCAACAAUUCUUUGAGCGCCAGGCCAGGAGUGUUGUUUCUUUCAUCCAUGCCCCGACCUUUCGACCGAACAGCGAACAUGCAAGUAUUCUCGCCGCGAUGGCCUCCUCUGCGGCGGUCCAUUCGCCAAUUCCGACUAUCCGGAAACUGGGAUACGCCCUCGUCGAGAUAGUUCGGCUAUACAUGCCUACUAAAUACGAAAACGACAACAGCACGACACGCGAUCUGCGGGCUUCACAAACAUACGCUCUAACCAUUGACACUGGCAUUUGGAGUGGCAAUCGGCGAAAGACAGAGAUUGCCGAGAGUUUCUCGCAGCCUCUUAUAACCAUGCUUCGUCGAUCCCUGCGAUUCCGCCGUUCAAUGUACACCAGUAUCAUACCUCUGCCCGAGGACGAAGGGGAGGUCCUCGAGCAAAAGUGGCAUGCAUGGAUUGAACAGGAGUCGUUCAAGAGACUUGUUUAUCAUGUCUUUGUCCACGACGCCCAGUCUGCGGCGACUCUCAACGUCAACCCGAUCAUUUCAUACGCCGACAUGGAUCUCCCGCUACCAACAGCCCGUCAAAUAUGGGAAGCAAAGUCGGCCGUGGAAUGGAAAGAACUCCUCUGCAAUGCCACCCCCGAGCGCAUGCCCUCCCUCAUCGACCUUUUGCGUGACAUUUCGCAGCUAUCAGUAUUCCAGGAUCGCAUCGACACACAAAUGUCCGCGCUUGUCCUUCUCCACGGACUCUCCGCCUUGGUCAACGAAUACCACCGACUAAAGUUCAUUUCGGGCAGCAACUCUAAACAUUGGCAUGCCCUCGUUACCAACUCGCGACAACAAGAACUGGAACAGUCGCUUCAACAUUUCCGCCUGGUGUGCUCUGAGCUUCGUAUCAAGUGCCGACCGGAGAUCAUCCUGGUCUGUGAGGUAGUCUCGAUGCUCCUGCACAUGUCCUUGGAAGAACUCCAGCUCUUUGCCGGCAAAGAGGACAAGCAAGAAGCACGGCGAGUCUACCAAUCCGCUCUGGAGUGGAUCACUAGUCCCGACUCGCGUCGUGCCAUUUGGCACGCCGGCCAAACUCUCCGCGCGGCGCGUCAGAUGGCCCCAGGCUCGAUAACCGGCUUUCUUGCUAUUGGAGUCUACUACGCAAGCCUGGCAUUCUGGUCAUACGGGGUUGUUUCCAAAGCCAGGGACUCCCGAUCAAUUGAGAGCCCCCCUCUCUCCCAAGGGCCAACUGUAUUCCUCGACGCGGAUGAAGUCCCCGAUGUGUCGAAAUUCGUCACUCUGGGAUGUGGCUUCCCAGCCUUGCAGAGUGCAAGUGGGCCCCUAUACCUUGUAGACCCCGGGACGACGAUGCAACUAGUACAGUCAGUGCUCCGACCUGCUACAUACUCUCCAUUGAACCAAAACAGCUCAACAAACAUCCUCCUCACAUCCAACGCCACCAUGGUCAUCAAGCUGAAACAGCCCAACACGUCCGGCGUAGGUCCUGCACCGACAAUCGACACCCCCGCAAUCGUGCGGGGUGUGAUCAACGACAUUCGUGCGAAUGGAGAUGCAGCCGUGAGACAGUAUUCGGAGAAAUUCGACAAAUGGAGUCCAGCCAGCUUCAAGCUAUCCCAAGAAGAGAUCCAGGACAUCAUCGCCAGUGUUCCGAAACAGAUCAUCGAUGAUAUCAAACAGGUGCAAGAGAACGUUCGUACCUUUGCGCGAGCCCAAAAAGAUUCCAUCAAGGAGUUUGAACUAGAGAUUCGUCCGGGCGUCCACCUGGGACAGAAAAAUGUCCCCAUCAAUUCUGUUGGCGCAUACAUCCCCGGCGGCCGCUAUCCCCUCCUCGCAUCCGCACACAUGACAAUCCUAACAGCAAAAGUAGCCGGCUGUCCACACGUAACAGCCUGCACACCCCCCAUCGCGGGUAAAAUCCCCGCCAACACCGUCGCAGCCAUGCACCUCGCCGGCGCAGACGACAUCUACAUCCUAGGCGGAGUCCAAGCCGUAGCCGCAAUGGCCAUCGGCACACCGAGCAUGAAGAAAGUAAACUUCAUAGCCGGACCAGGCAACGCCUUCGUAGCCGAAGCAAAGCGCCAACUCUUCGGAGAAGAAAUCGGCAUCGACCUGCCGGCCGGGCCAACAGAGAUUCUCAUCGUAGCAGAUGAGCACGCAGACCCAUUCAUCGUCGCAACAGACCUUCUAUCCCAAGCCGAGCACGGCCCAGACUCACCGGCGGUAUUAAUAACCAAUUCAACUGCCGUGGGCGAAAAGACCAUUUCGGAAGUGGACCGACUACUCAAGAUUCUGCCCACGGCUGAUAUAGCCGGUGUAUCGUGGGACAAAUUGGGCGAGGUCAAUAUCGUGUCCGAUCUAGACGAGGCGUAUAAACUCGCCGACGAAUACGCGUACGAGCAUGUUCAGAUUCUGACGCAGAAUCCCCGUGAGGCAUUGGUUAAAAUGUCCAAUUAUGGCGCUCUCUUCCUUGGCCAGAAUACUUGUGUUUCUUAUGGUGAUAAGUGUAUUGGGACUAAUCAUGUUCUUCCUACUCGUGGUGCGGCGAGAUAUACCGGUGGUUUAUGGGUUGGAAAAUUCCUGCGCACUGUGACAUACCAAGAAGUCACCAACGACAAGGAAAGCGGCGAGCUGGGCCGUCUGUGUGGUCGGUCGGCGCGGGCGGAGAAUUUCGAGGGACAUGCGAGAUCGGGAGAUGCAAGGGCGAAUAAGUACCUUGGUGAUCAUUUUGAGUGGAUUGGAUAG